GUUUAAUGUCACGGGAAAAAUAAUGAAAACCCCCUGUGGAUACUGUGACUUGCGCGUCGAGAGUGUCAACAGCGAUGUUAUCGAUGUAUUUGUUAAACAUGGGUAUUCUUUGAUUGCUGUAAACACUACAUUGAAUUGUUCAUUAUUAAGCAAUGGAAGUUUAAACAAAAAAAAAAGAAAAUUUGCAGAAUCUUAUGAAGAAAAUGAUGAAGAAAAAGACUGGGUACCUACACCCAAGUUAAUAAGUAAUAAUAAUUCCAAAUUGACCAUUCUAAACCGAUUAACAAUACAAAUAUCCAAUAUUGGGCAACUGCAAAAAAUUUUGAAUUCUCAAAAUUUCAAGUUGUAUAAUAUUCUUGCAGUAGAACCAUUAGAUGAUAAAGUUUUUCCGGACAUAGUGACUUCUCCAUCAAUUGACAUAAUAACUUGCAAUUUAAAAACAUCUAUUACUCCUAAGGACUAUACAAUUGCAGUUGAAAAGAACAUUUAUUUUGAAAUAUCUUAUGGUCCAAUGUUAUUUACUUCUAAUACACGUCAAGAUACUUUUACUUUAGCUCAUCUACUUUAUAUUAAAGGGAAAUCAAAAAACUUAAUAAUUACAAGUGGAGCAGCUAAUAAACUAGAUAUACGCAAUCCUCAUGAUGUGAUGAAUUUAGGUAUUUUACUAGGUCUUUCAAAAAAACAGUCACCAAAAUCAAUCACUCAAAGAUGUUAUUCAAUUAUUUCAAAGAGUUAUGGUCGAAAAUUAGGGAAGUCUGCUGUACAUUUGAUACCAGUGAACAACAAUAUUUAAUACUAAAAACAAUAUAUCAUGUGUUAUUAGUUUAAUAUUAAAUUUUGAAUGUAUUAUGCUUAUAUUAAUAUUAAUUCACUAAGUAUUAUUAUUUAAAAUUUAUAUCUUUAUAGUUCAAUUCUUAAACACUGCUGUGUAAAUCUGAUGUUUAUUAAUUAUUAAAUUGUA